UUUGCAGAGACUCCGGCAUUCAUCUGAGAGAUAUCCGUACGAAAGAAUGGAGAAUUCGGAUUACCCUAAACACGCAUCUGCUCCAAUAAUGGGAGCUCCCCCUAUUUAUGAAAACCAUGGCUAUCCAGCAUCAGCAAUGCCAGCUCCGAACAUCUACAGCCCUGCUGUUCAUACCACAGUGGUCACCAUAGGUCCCAGUGAAUCCUCCGUCAUACGAGAUCAUCUCCCAUGGUCCAUUUUCAACAUCUUGUACAUGAAUUUCUGCUGCCUGGGACUCUGCGCAGUCGUACAUUCAGUGAAGUCUCGGGAUCGAAAACUUGCAGGAGACCGGUUUGGGGCAGUCAUUCAUGGAACCAAAGCUCGGAAUUUCAACAUUGCUGCCACAACCCUGACUCUUCUGUUGUGUUUCAUUAUGUUCAUCCUCAUGGUUUCAGGAAUAAUUACAGCAGUGGGCAGCAUUAAUUCUCGCUAUCCAAGCAAUCCCAGCAAUCCCUACAAUCCCUACAAUCCCUACAAUCCUUAUCAAGGACCCCAAUGAGAUAAAGACAUUCCCCAUAUCUCUUACCCAUUACUCUUCUUGAUAUGGACACACAAGAGUUUUCUGUUUUAACGUGUUUGUAGACUGAUGGUGAAGGUCUAUCUGUCUGUACAUGUUUUUUUUGUAAAUUUUAGUUUUAUUGAAGCAAAAUAAGUUUGUUACAGAAGAAAAGAAUGAAUAAUAUAUCAGCAAGUAUUCAUACAUUGGCAAGAACCUUUAACAUUGAUACACAUUCACAUAAAUAUGUUUUAAAGCUCGUCGCUAUGUCUGGUUAGCUCGGCAUGUGUGAUUGUGGUAAUAAAGUAAUAAUGUUGAUUCACUCGGAUGCAAUGCCUGUCUAGGUAAGUUAGUGAAAGAAUAAUGUAAAACUAUAUAAGGUCUCAAACACGCAUUAGGCAACUAAUGUAUAGGUUGUUGCGUUGGUAAUAAUAUAUGGUUGUAACAAUAAACAGGCUAAUCGUGUCGUCUCGUUUAAUGUCGCUGCAGUAUGUUAGUUGUUGCCUCAAGCUAUUUGUGACUCGUUUUGUUCGCUUAUUGAUUAUUGAGUGCCCACGUGUUGAUUGAGGGUAGCAGAUUUAUAGAGACCAUAAGAACAGCUGGGCUUAUCUGUGUUAUGUCAUGUCAUGUGCAAACCAGAUUCAGUGGCCGGUGUGCUAAGCACCUGUAUGGUCUGACCCCCUUGCUUGGUACUUCACAUUACUAACUAAAAACACAAGAGAGUAUAAAUCUUUCAGGCUAGCACUAGCAAUGCCUGCUUAACGGUUCGAUUAUUUAGUUAACGUUCAGGCUAUAUGGAAUAAAGCAAAACAUAAUACGCUGAGUUAACAAGGGUGCUCAUCAAAUAAAGCCAUGCAAGCUAGAUUCCGCAUCAGGCAUAGUAUGUCUGGUAGUAAAUUUGGCAUGGGAUCAGGCCUCAUCAGUUCAUCAUACAAGCUGCGGAAGUCACAAGUCUGUCCUAAUGUGGCAGGAUAAAGGCAGGUGUCAUUUAACCAUACGUUCUGACUCGGGUAUGUGCAGUACCAGUGCGCUUUUGUGGGUUAGUCCAUGCGCUUUUCCUGCCGACCGGGUUUGUACUUGGUUUUAUAAAGCUCAUAAACAGUUUUGACUUUAAACAUUACACAAACUCAUCAGCAUUUUAUAUUUUUUUAAUCGUUGUGCAACAUUUAAUGGCAUCUGCUUGCUAACCUCUUUAGAAGGUAUCAGGAGUACCUACCUGCAAGCCUCUUACCAGUUUGUUUAUACUUUUAAGUUGUUUGUUUUGUCAAUAAAAGUUUAAUGUGAAUAUUGGCA